CACAGGGAACCCGAAGAGGAGGGUCGGAUCCGUCAGAACUGAGCACCCGCACAAGCAGAGCAGAAGUUCCCGCCUUCUUUCAUUUCUCCAGGUUCCCAUUGGCUGAUUCCUACCGUCGAUCCGUUACGUCCUCACUCGGCGCGCGCCGCUCGCCUUCCGGCCUGUGCUCCCAUUGGCCCUCCCUGCCGUCGCUCUGCGCCAGGGGCGUUCCAGAGCCAGCCACUGGGAGUCGCUGAAUUCGGGUUUUAAAAAACGCCGCCAGUGAGUUGGCAGUGCGGGCCCUUGGAACCGAGGGCCCGCGGGGGGCUGCCGAACACUCACCCGGUCGGGGCACGCGGCCAGGACGUUCCCGGGCUUCUCCCCGGACGCCAGCCUCUGUCCCCCGACCUCGAAGGCAGAGAAGGAGCCGCCCGGCCGCCACCCUCCGCGAGCGCCAUGGGCCCGCGCCGCCGGAGCCGCAAGCCCGAAGUCCCGAGGAGGCGCCCCGCGAGCCCGGCCGCCGGCCCCCCUCGUCGGGCCCCCUCUUUAGGCGCUUCCUCCCGUCAGCGUGGUCCCCGGAGAUCCCGGAUUCUGAAGGAAAUCCGAACGCUUCAGAAGAGCACAGGCCUGCUGAUAAGGAAGAGCCCCUUUGGCCGCCUGGCAAGAGAGAUAUGCGUUAAAUUCACUCGUGGGGUGGACUUCUCUUGGCAAGCCCAGGCCCUGUUGGCCCUACAAGAGGCCGCAGAAGCAUUUCUAGUUCAUCUCUUUGAGGACGCCUAUCUCCUGUCUUUACACGCCGGCCGGGUCACUCUCUUCCCGAAGGACGUGCAGCUGGCCAGAAGGAUCCGAGGCAUCCAGGAAGGGCUUGGCUGAGCCCCUGCCCCGUCUCUGUAAGCCUUGCUUGCCCACUGCAGAGAGAUCGGCCUCUGGGGAAGAAGCCCCCCCGCCCCAGCCUCUCAUCACCGGGAUGGGAAUUUCUCUGAAGGAAUUGCCAUCCGUGGUACCUUACUGUCUCACUUCCCUUUGUUCUCUAGGAAAGGUUUGACUCGGUUUUAGCUUGAAUGCUUGGGAUUCUAUGGCUCCUGCCCUUUUGUACAAUGUUAAAUAAAAAUAUUUAUCUAUUUAA